CAGCAAAGCAAUCGAUCAAACCCCCAUAGCCGACCGCAAAUCGCGUCCACAGAGGUGCGGUACGUGACUUCUGUCAACCAUUCCAUCCCAGACCGUCCCUCGCGGUUCUCCAUAUGUCAAGACGCUUCUUGCGCUACACUCUUCUCGCGUGGUGAAUCAAACACGCUCGAGUACCUCCCAUCGUCUAUUCCGAUCCUCGUCAUCGCCCUCACGUCAAAUCCAUCUCCCCCUAACCUCACCCCCGACGGCCACCCCCGUCGGCCUAUCCGCGCAUCAUGGAUUUUCAAUCCCCACAGAACGGCAUGUUCGAUCCGAACAGCUUCAUAGAUCCAAACGCGAUCGCAAACAAUCAAGUCAACGGCUCGCGCGCGUAUCCCAUGUCAUCGGUGCCCCAGAAGCGAGACUCGAAUGGAGCCCCAACGCUUUCGCGCUCACAGACACCGUCGCAACAGCCUCAGUUUGGCUUCCCACAGCAGGGUUUCGCCCAUACUCCAUCUCCGACAAUGCAGAAUCAACAUUUCCGACCCGGCCAGGUGCAGCCCCAGCGAAUGCAAACCGCCUCUCCCGCCCAGAAUCCACACGCGCCGCAAAUGUCCCCAAUGGGCUUCCCACAGGGCUCUCCAAUGGGCCAAGGUUUCGACCCCAACCUCGCCGGGCCAUACCAGGGAGUCCAAUUGUCGGCGAAUCUACAAGGUCGCCAGCAGGAGGCGCAAAGGCGGUAUGCCAUGCAGUUACAGGCCGCUAAUCAGCAACAGCAGUUAGGCAAUCUGGCCGCUAGUAACAUGGCAGCACAGCAGCGUCACCAUACUGGGCCGAUGCCCGGCCCCAUGGGCCAGCCGCAGAACAUGCCGAGGAACAUGGUACCGGGACAGCAAAUGCCGGGCAUGCCACAGAUGCAUCCUCAGACGUUUCUCAAGAACGUAGCUGCGUUGAACGCCCAGAAUGGUCGCGGCUUCAAUCCAAACCCGAUGAUUGCAGGACGCCCCAUCAAUCUCUAUCAGUUGUACUCGUUCGUGAUCAAGAUGAAGGGCUGGGCCGGCGUAACGCAACAGAAUGGCUGGCCUAAACUUUGUCCGCCACUGGGCAUUGACCCUCGACAGUUUCCUGAUGCUCCUGCGGAGUUAUCUAAGAUCUACCAGGAGAAUUUGGGGCUCUACGAAUCUGCAUUCUUCGCGAAACAAAGGUCACAGAUGCAAGGCAUGGCGCAAGGUCAGGCACAGGGCCAGGCGCAACAAAUGGGAGGCAAUGCGAUGAUGGGCCAGAUGUCUCCAACAAGACCCGGAGGAUCUGGUCAGAUGAACAACAACGCACAGCAGGAGUACUUGCAACAAUUGCAACAAAGCAAAGUAAGGGCUCAGCAGCAGCAACAGCAGUUGCAGCGUCAGAAUGAAGGACCCAUGCAGCAACAACAACAGCAACAGCAGCAGCAACAGCAGCAGCAACAACUCCAACACCAGCAACAGAUGCAACAGCAACAACUUCAGCAGCAGCAACAGUUCAAUCAGGGCAUGCAACAGCCGCUACAACAACCUCCGCAACCUCAACAGACACCCCAACCCCAACAACCUCAACAACCACCAACUCCCCAACAGCAGCAGCCCCAACCUCAACAGCCUCACCUCCAGAACUUUGAUCACGCAACACCAAUGCAGGGCAAUGCAACGUUGGCGACCAUGAACGGCCGAAGUACCCCGCAAGCAGACGGGAAACUACACGGAAACGCGUUCGAUCAACACAGGAAGAGCAUGAGCCAACAAUUGGAAGGCACGCCCACACCUCUUGAUGCACAGAGGCUCUCUAUCCCUCCGGGUUCCAUCGGAAAGCCCGUCGGCGCUGUAGAUGUGGAUGCGAGCAAGGAUUUAACCGACAUCAUUGAUGGCAAGACUUAUAAACCCACAACCAGAACGAUAAAUAGAUGGACAGGGUUGGACUUCGAUUCGGAGGGUCUGAACAGAAAUGUGGAUACGAUUCUUUUUAACCGACCGAACGUACCAAACGUCAUGGAGAUGGGCGUCGUGGACAUCCGCGCAUUAACCAUGAGCAUUCGAUCCGGUUUACACGCCGAGACCCGAGUCGCGCUCGAUACGCUUUCGAGACUCACUUAUGAGCACCAACUCACGUUGGAGCUUGAGAAGUGUGAAGAUUUGGCCGAAGUGCUAGCCGAGUUUGCUGAGGAUCAAUUGGAGAUAUUGGCCAACGACAACCCCGAAGUUUCUGACAUUCUGGAUCUGACGGCCUACGAGGAUGUCAUACAUAAUUGCCAAGCAGAGAUAUCGGCUCUCCAAGAUUUGCCAGAGUUUGGUACAAAAGCAUACGACUUGGGACGGACAGCAGACCGAUUACUGGCGAUCACAACCAUCUUUAGGAAUCUGUCGUUCCUGGAGGUAAAUCACAGCCAGCUUGCAAGCCCAAGCGUAUUGAAGUUCUUCUCACACGCCAUUCGCCUAGUUGGAACGCGCAUCCUCUUCCUCAGGACGCACAUGAACACGUUUGAUUUCAUGAAGGAUCUUGUGACGUUCUUCUCUAAUACAAGCACCAAGAUCGUCCUGCCAUCCAGGGACGAUGCUUAUGCGAUCCUCCAUUUCCUCUGCGCAUUCGCUCCUGUACCGCGCCCCUCGUCACCCGUAAGCUUCACACUUUACAACCCUCAGGUGCAUCGAUACCUUCCUUCGGCUGUGGAUAGUCUCGCCAAAUUGCUCGCCCGUGAUGAUCCCAACCGGACGUAUUAUAAACAGAUCUUCACCAGCGACGCUUCCUCAUCACCGCCCCACGAUCUGUUGACUCGCGCCUUUGCUCUUGCGAUUUCGGUUGUUCCUGAUCGAACGUCGGGCAGGUUGCAUCAGGCGUCGGAAACGCGGAUCAAGGAAGUUCGACAGACUGAGGCACGUAUCGCGGAAGCCAGGAAGCCAUAUCUCAUGCAGGGCAUGCUUGCGGCAGACAUUCUUGCUAGCCUCGCUCCAGGUUCAGAGAGCCCAAUCUGUCGGUCAUGGUUGGAGUCGGAUGAUGGGUGGGCCGCUAGCUUGCUGAAGUUCGCCAUGUCGCUUUGCGCGACCGAUGCAACGAUGUUGCCUCCCCAGCCCGAACAUCGUGGAGGUCGUAAUCAGCGCCCCAUGGACCCCGACAUCCAAGGUUUCCAACUCAUUGUUCAUCGUGCAUUGUCCAUGUUGAAGAGGUUGGGUGAAAAAGCGAAGGGUAAUGAUGUCCUCGUGAAGGGUUCGCACCAACGGGCGAAUGGCCACACGUCACUUUCAAAAGACGCUGACGCUGACGCUGAUUCGGACGUGGAGGACGACGACGACCUCGACUUCGACACAGUGUCGUUCGGAGGCAGCACAUGGAAGGUCAAGGCUGACGUCUUGCCCAAGAAAGAGACGCUCCUCAGCGCCCUCCUCACACCCAGCCUGGACGUCCGGUCGCUGCGGCAGUUCUGCGGUAUAGGGUAUCUUGAUGAUGGCGCAUGAAGGACCCCAGCACCCUGUGAUUCAGUCUAGUUUUUUUGGACAGUAAUAUCUAAGAGCUAAAAACAACACACAAUCAAUCUGCAUCUUUUCCUUUUCACACAGUGUCUUCUGGGGGGCGACAGUAUAUUGUUUUCUCUGCAUGUCUCAGCAAAAUAGGGCAGGCGACGACAAUUCAUCGCCGCGGCAUAAGGUCUGGAGUUUUGCCUUUUUUUUUCGUUUUCCUGUCCGGGGGGGACUGUAUCCUCCCCCCCUUUCUUGAAUUCUUUUACGUGUAUGUAUGUAGGUACGUGACCAUCGUGC